GAUGGUCCUGGUGGAGACCAGGCCUGCGGGGGACGGCACCUUCCAGAAGUGGGCGGCCGUGGGUGUGCCCCCUGGAGAGGAGCAGAGAUACACAUGCCAUGUACAGCACGAGGGGCUGCCCGAGCCCCUGACCCUGAGAUGGGAGCCUCCUUCUCAGACCUUUGUCAUCAUCAUGAGCAUCGCUGGGGGCCUGGUUCUGCUGGGAGCUGUUGCUGGAGCUGUGAUAUGGCGGAAUAGGCACUCAGGUGAGGAAGGUGUGGGGUCUGAGUGUGCACUAUAG